AUGGUGCGCGGCAAAGUGCAGCUGAGGCGCAUCGAGAACCCCGUCCACCGGCAGGUCACCUUCUGCAAGCGCCGGGCAGGAUUGCUGAAGAAGGCGAGGGAGCUCUCGGUGCUGUGCGACGCCGACAUUGGCAUCAUCAUCUUCUCUGCGCAUGGCAAGCUGUACGAACUGGCCACCAAGGGGACCAUGGAAGGUCUGAUCGAGAGGUACAAAAUGACAUCUGAAGAACCUCAACCUGCAUCUGCUGAUGUGAAUCCACCACAGGAAUCUGAAAGAGAGAUAUCCAUGUUGAAGCAAGAGAUCAAUCUCCUGCACAAGAGUCUGAGGUACAUGUUUGGAGAAGGAACUUCUGGGCAUAUGACACUGGAAGAGAUGUAUGCAUUAGAAAGACACCUUGAGAUUUGGAUGGAACACAUUCGCACCAUGAAGAUGCAGAUCAUGUUCCAAGAGAUUCAGUCCCUGAAGAACAAGGAGGGCAUGCUGAGGGCCACCAAUGAAUUUCUUCAAGAGAAGAUUGUAGAGCAAAAUGGGCAUUUUGAUGUAGCCCCAAUGACAGUACAGCAAAAUGGGCAUUUUGAUGUAGCCCCACUGACAGCUACUGACAUCCCAUACCCACUAACCAUACAGAGUCAACUAAACAAUUUUUGGGGGCCUGAACAGGGAUUCUCCUUCUAAUGGUAAUAAUGUUUGAGGGAUCUAUGAAACAACAAAUAGUUUAGUCUCUGGUCUGUGUGCCAUAUAACUCUGCGUGUAUGUGCCAUUGUGUGAUAAUGAUCCCUCAACCAGUCACCAAAGUAUAUUGUAUUGUUGUUGGUAUCCCAUGAAUUCUGACUUGAAAGCUUGAUGAUGUCUUGCUUUGGUCUACAUCUGUUGAUAAAAAGCUUGACUUAUGCGUGUAAAGAUCAAGUAUUCUUGUUGACUUUCUAGUGAAAUCAAACAUGCUUGUUUUGAAGAGCAUUGUUUAUGGUC